CUAUUUCAUUUUGGGACUUAGAAUGUCGUCGUUACUUCAUCCUGACCUUACUUGUCGUUCUCUCAGAUAUUCGAAACUUGCGUUCAUAAUCGGCAGACAAUAUAAGGACAAUACGUAAUAACAUAUCGUGGCUUUAAAAAAAAACAGUGCUGAGUGAUCCGUUGACACUUUUUUGUGAGCACCCUGUGUGUGAGAAAGAGAGAAAGAAUAAAUACUUCUUAUAUAUAUAUCUCCUAUAAAAGAAAAUCUGUAAUUACAAAAUUGAAGAACGAUAAAACUGAAGAUUCGGAUGCAUCAGAGAUAAUGGCGAGAUGAAGGGAAAUCAAAAUACAACAAGUUUUAUACGCAUCGAAUUAGCAACAGACCCUAUUGUCAAGGAACAAUAACAUCCCCGUCAUUCAGAAAUCACGCUCUGGGGUAAUAAAAUUGUGAAAGAAGAGCUGGAAAAAAGUUAUAAUUCUUUCGAUUCCGAUGUUUUGUUCCAUCAUUAGAUCGACAAGUCCAACUGAUCGAGAAGCAAAUGAUUGUUUCUUACGAUGAAUUAUAACUUGUCACCUAUUUCCAAAAAUAGCCUGCAACUCGUUUACGAAAAUUCCAACUUACCCGAGGAAGUUACGCAACAUCAAGACAUGAACAAAUAUCAAGUGAAUCAAUCGAUGGACAUUAUGUCAAACAUUAUAAAACCGUCCAGUGAGGAUACCAAUCUCGCACAGAACACCCUGCAAUGUCCGAUGUGUGCCUUUACUACAUCAAGCAGAUCAAAAUUUACCGAGCAUUUAAUCAGCCAUUGCACAUCGAAAUGCAACAAUCCAAAUUUUAAAGCCAUCCUCGCGCAAUUGCCAGUCUUCAAAUUUCUUCAAGGCAAAACCAAUUGUUCUUUUCCUACAUUAGAAGAAUAUACCGCACAUGAGACAGAAGAGAUUGACAAAUCUAAACUUUUUCCCGUGACUCCGCAAAGCAAUGUAAAGCAGAGACAAUAUAAAGGUUUUCGAGAAGGUAAAAUUUGCAAACAAUGUAACUUCGUAGCAACCACGAAAAUAGAAUAUUGGGAACAUAUGCGUUGUCACAUCAAAGGCUUUACCUGUUCUGAAUGCUCUUUCGUUACCAAAUAUAAACAUCAUAUGAAUCACCACUGGCUUAGUGUUCACGACGGCUCCAAGCCGUUCAAGUGCAAAAAGUGUUCCUAUACAUGCGUAAGCAAAUCAAUGCUAACUAGCCAUCUAAAAAAACAUUCGAAUAUUUAUCCAUAUAGAUGCGCGAACUGCACGUACAAAACCAAGUUUUGCAAUGCACUAAAGAAGCAUCUACGAAAAAAAGACCAUCAACCAGCGAUGGUAUUGAACGCUGAUGGCUCGCCAAAUCCCUUCUCUAUCAUCGAUGUCUACGGUACUAAACGCGGGCCCAAACAAAAGCCAUCCGCUGAAAAACAGGAUGAGUUGAAUCAGAAUACUGAUCAGAGUAUGACGAUCGAUAAUAGCCAGCUUAACUCAGGAUCAACUUCUCCAAUUUUAUCACUUCAAUCACCAGUCGCUCAUUACCUAACUGUGACCACGGUGAAUGAAAUGAAUAAUGCAAAUUCGAUAAUGCAGAAUAGCAUGAAACAGAACCAAUCUGUCAUGGAGUUUCCUUAUAAUGAUUUGGUUGCUGCGUUUAACUUGUCAAACCCUCUUUUGCUUCGCGAGGAUGCGAAAUUUCACGAAAAUAUGCAGGAAAUUAAUCACGCCCACGCCAAUACAUUAAUGGAGUACGUAAAAAUCAUGAAAAUGCCUGAGGAAUAUGUCCAGCAUCUGCCUAUAACUUGUUUCGAUCCAAAUGAUGCUAAUAAACUUCAUAUUUCCGAUAAUGUGAAAACUACUAGUGAAUCCUCGACAUUUGUGACGGUAAAAACUCAACUAAAGUCACAAAAAGAUGAGUCUACAGAUGCACCGUUGGAUCUCCGCAUCGCCGAGGUAAUCGGAAAAAAUCAAUUUAAAUUACAGUUAUUAGCUACAAACUCACAUAAGAUCAUCGGCACCAAUAAACGCAAAGGUAGAGCUAUGAAACUGGAACGUCGCGCGAUGGAAGAGAACACGAAACCAGAACAGAAGAAAGUAGAAUCCCCCAAACCUUCGACAAUUAGUGAACCCGUCUUUCGGGAAGAAAAUCAAAAUAUCAAAGACAGCAAGGGCAAAGCCAUUGUCGAUUCGAUCGACAUCGAGCACAUUUGUCAUUAUUGCGAGAUCACGUUUGGUAACGUUGUCAUGUAUACUAUGCAUAUGGGUUGUCAUGGCUUCGAUGAUCCUUAUACGUGCAAUAUGUGCGGUCACCACUGCACCGAUAAAUUAUCUUUCUUUCUGCAUAUCGCUCAAACACAGCAUACAUAGAAGCGACAAAUCGGACGGAAUUAUAUGAUAAAUAACGCAAUUCGUUUGGGAGAAAAAUCCUGUACGCCGCAAAAAACGCAUAUGAGAAAAAGAAAGUGAACGAGACAGGGAAGGAAAUUUUUAAUACAAUUCUAGUCAAAAAUGUCAAAUAUAGACGCUUUGAAAAGCGCUUGCAAAUAGCAUUUGCCAGAUCGGCAAAUAUAUAAUUUUAAAGAAAAUAGGGAAAGGCGUGUUUAUAUAUAGCGCGUGUCUCUUGAUAUACAAAGCAUUAACAAAAGUUUUAAGGCACUAUUACAACAGUAAUAUUUCUGGAGUAAAAAAUUCCUCUUUUCUUAGAUAAGGAACUUUUGUUAACACUUUGUAUAUGUAUAUAUAGUAUACACACACCCAAUACGUUGUGACCAAGGUAAUCUCUUUUUUUCAAUAUUUUUUUCUUUAUUUUUUUAUAUAAUUAAAGAUCUCGAUGCUUUGUCAGGUAUAAUAUGCAUCUAUUAGAUUAGAUAAUUGACAGAUACUACAAAUAUCUUUUUCUACCGCAAAUUAUUUGCAUCAUUUUAUCUUCUUUAGAAAUUGAUGUGAAUAUUUUCUUUAAUAGAAAAAUUCCAAAUUAUUGCAAGUAUGCAAAAUUAGACAUAGAUAAUUUGGUACUACUAAUAUUAUUAUUUUUCAAUAAUUGGACUGCUCUAGCACUCU